UCGCCACCUUUCGUUUUUUCACUCCAAAACACAAGCACACACACUCUCACAAAGAAAAGAUGGUGCUUUCUAGUUCUUGGCUUCUUUCUUUAAAAUUUAUGUUUAUGUCCACUGGUGUGUUAGCCUUGGCCUUUUUUUUCAAGGUUUCUGUUCCAUUGGUUAUGGAUUUUUCAGCCUCUAAAGCUCCGGUUCUUUGGAGCUCCUUCCUCUCUUGGUUGAGACCUCCCUAUCUUUACCUCAUAAUCAACUUUAUUAUCAUCGGUAUUGUCGCUUCGUCGCGCUGCUUUCAAAACGACGACGUUCCAGCUGAAUCGCAUUCUCCACCUUCGGAUCGUACGGUUUACGACGAGAUCAAGAUGAAGUCUGAGGUCGCUGGCGUAGUUUACGAGCAGCCGUUACAGAGAAUGGAGGAGGAGACUGAGGCUCCGGUUUUUGUGGAAAAGAGUGUUGUGGUUAGCGGUGCUGCUUCGGUGGAGGUCAGUCAUAGAGAUGACACUUGGACACCAGUCAAAGGAACGGAGUCGUUGGAGAUUCCUACUGAGCUUGAUUUUUCAGUGGAGAAAGAGAAACCUCUUGUUUCUGCUCGUUUUGGUAACCGGAAACCGAUUAAAGCCAGUCCUGAAGGUGGAAGGGCGGCGCUGAGGGUGACGAAGACAAAACGGAACGAGACUCUGGAGAACACGUGGAAGACGAUAACGGAAGGUCGGGCAAUGCCGUUGACGAGGCACUUGAAGAAAUCGGACACGUGGGAGAACCACGGGCGUCAGGUGAACGUGGAUCCAUCGGCGGUGAAGAAGUCGGAGACGUUCAAGGACAGGACCAACUACCAGUUGCCACCUUUGAGCAACUCUCCGGCGUCCGGAGGGAAGCUGCGAAAAGAGCCGUCGCUGAGUCAGGACGAGUUGAAUCGGCGAGUGGAGGCGUUCAUUAAGAAGUUUAACGAAGAGAUGAGGUUGCAGAGACAAGAGAGCUUGAAACAGUAUGAAGAAAUGAUUAGUCGUGGAGGAUAGUUUUUAAUAAAAGAAAAAAAAAUAUUUUCGUUUUAAGAAAAAACAAAAUGAACUUGGUUUGAUUAAUUUUUUUUUUUCUUUUUUUUGACUCCAAUAUGUUGGAAUUAAUGAUAUACCGACGUGAUGUGAAUGUGGUAAGUGUCAAUAGAAAAGUCUGUAAAUUUAUUAAAAAAAAUAAUAAUAAUAAGUAGUUGUUUUGUAA